CCGCCCGCCGCCCCGGGCCGCCGCUGCUGAGCCGCAUGGGCCGGGCCCCGCGCCGCCGCCGCCGCUGCUCCGUGCGGCCGAACGAACUUGUUCACCUUGGAGCUACAAAUACCGGUGAUUUGAGGUUUGAGCUCAUCCCCCACUGCUCCUGCGCAAGGAAGGGCCAAAAACAUGAAUAUCCAGGGGAAAGGAUUCCCCUUGGACCUUGGGGGAAGCUUCACUGAAGAUGCUCCGAGGCCACCGGUUCCCGGUGAGGAGGGGGAACUCGUGUCCACGGAUCCAAGGCCAGUUAGCCACGGUUUCUACUCUGGUAAGAGCGACGUGGUUAGAAAUGAGACAUCCACGGCGACACCGAGGCGCUCUGAUUUGGAUUUGGGGUAUGAGCCCGAGGGGAGCGCUUCGCCAACUCCACCCUACCUGAAAUGGGCCGAGUCGUUGCACUCCUUGCUGGAUGAUCAAGACGGUAUCAACCUCUUCAGGACUUUCCUGAAGCAGGAGGACUGCGCGGAUCUGCUGGACUUCUGGUUUGCCUGCAGCGGCUUCCGGAAGCUGGAGCCGUGCGCGUCUAACGAGGAAAAAAGACUCAAGCUGGCAAAAGCCAUUUACAAAAAAUACAUCCUGGACAACAACGACAUUGUGUCCAGGCAGAUCAAACCGGCCACAAAAAGCUUCAUCAAAGACUGCGUCAUGAAGCUGCAGAUUGACCCCGACAUGUUUGACCAGGCCCAAACGGAGAUUCAGUGCAUGAUAGAAGACAAUACCUACCCUUUGUUCCUUAAGUCGGAUAUUUAUUUGGAAUACACGAGGACAGGGGGGGAAAGUCCAAAAAUCUAUAGCGAUCCGAGCUCAGGGUCCGGGACAGGUAAGGGGCUACCUGGUUAUCUGCCGACUCUGAACGAGGAUGAGGAGUGGAAGUGUGACCAAGAGGCUGAGCCUGAGGCCAGCAGGGACUCGGCGCCUUCCAGCAGGCUGACGCAGAAGCUGCUCCUGGAGACGGCCACGCAGCGAGCGGCCUCGGCCCGGCGCUACAGCGAGGGCAGGGAGUUCAGGCAUGGGUCUUGGAGAGAGCCUGUUAACCCUUACUAUGUCAACACGGGCUAUGCUUUGGCACCAGCCACCAGUGCCAACGACAGCGAGCAGCAGAGCAUGUCCAGUGAUGCCGAUACGAUGUCGCUGACAGACAGCAGCAUAGAUGGGAUCCCGCCGUACAGACUCCGCAAGCAGCAUCGCAGAGAGAUGCAAGAAAGUGCCAAAGCAAAUGGACGUGUGCCACUACCUCACAUUCCUCGUACGUACCGAAUGCCAAAGGAUAUCCACGUGGAACCCGAGAAGUUUGCUGCAGAGCUCAUCAACCGACUGGAGGAAGUACAAAAGGAACGUGAAGCAGAGGAGAAGCUGGAGGAGCGCCUGAAACGCGUGCGAGCGGAGGAAGAAGGUGAGGAUGCAGAUAUCUCUUCUGGUCCCUCGGUCAUGAGCCACAAGUUGCCUUCCGCCCAAGCCUUCCACCACUUCACUCCUCGCUACUCCGAGAUGGGCUGUGCUGGGAUGCAGCUGAGAGAUGCCCAUGAAGAAAACCCAGAGAGCAUCCUGGAUGAACAUGUGCAGCGUGUGAUGAAAACCCCGGGCUGCCAGUCUCCAGGCCCCGGCCGCCACUCCCCGAAGCCUCGCUCCCCGGAAAGCGGCCACUUAGGAAAGCUGUCAGGGACACUGGGAACCAUCCCUCCAGGGCAUGGCAAGCACACCACCAAAUCAGGAAUGAAACUGGAUGCAGCUAAUUUAUACCACCAUAAACACAUCUACCACCACAUCCAUCACCACAGCGUGAUGAAACCAAAAGAGCAGCUGGAGGCCGAGGCCACGCAGCGGGUGCAGAACAGCUUUGCUUGGAAUGUAGAUUCACACAACUAUGCAACCAAGUCUCGGAACUACACUGACAAUUUGGGCAUGGCCCCUGUCCCCAUGGACUCUUUAGGCUACAGUGGGAAAGCAAGUCUGCCCUCAAAAAGGAACGUGAAGAAGACCGAUUCAGGGAAAAGCGAUGGUGCCAGCUAUGAGAUGCCAGGAUCUCCUGAAGAUGUGGAGAGAAACCAGAAGAUCCUUCAGUGGAUCAUAGAAGGAGAGAAGGAGAUCAGCAGGCAUAAGAAAACAAACCAUGGCUCUUCAGGUGCUAAGAAGCAGGUGUCCCACGACAUGGUGCGAUCCCUGUCCAUCGAGAGACCCGUGGCGGUGCACCCCUGGGUCAGCGCCCAGCUCCGGAACGUCGUCCAGCCCUCUCACCCCUUCAUCCAAGAUCCUACCAUGCCUCCCAACCCAGCCCCCAACCCUCUCACCCAGCUGGAAGAAGCUCGCAGGAGGUUGGAGGAGGAGGAAAAAAGGACUGGAAAACUCGCCACUAAACAAAGCAGGUUGAAGCCCCAGAAGAGGCCAGGCAGUGGGGCAGCACAGCCCUGUGAGAACAUCGUGGUCGCCUACUACUUCUGUGGGGAGCCCAUCCCCUACCGCACGCUGGUCAAGGGCCGUGUGGUCACGCUGGGGCAGUUCAAGGAGCUGCUCACCAAGAAAGGGAACUACAGGUAUUACUUUAAGAAGGUGAGUGACGAGUUUGACUGCGGUGUGGUGUUCGAGGAGGUGCGAGAGGACGACACCAUCCUGCCCAUCUUCGAGGAGAAGAUCGUCGGCAAGGUGGAGAAGAUCGAUUGAGCUGCCGAGGUGUGAGGCCAGGACUGUGAAAGACUCUGGGACCGGAGGAGAGGGCCCGUGGGAGGGGAAGGGAGGGGCACAUCUGGCAGCACCCAGUGAGCCCAGGGCUGAGGGCACGGACCUGGGCAAGCUCCAGAUUGGUGGUAGAUGCCGUUUAACUCCCGGCCCCGCCGGUGGGAGCCCCAGCUCCCUCUCCAUACCGAGUAUAAGUGUAAUGUAGCAUUGUACAGUGCAUUAGAAAAGUGUAAUAUGACCUUGUUUACUAAAGCUGCAUAUUUUUGAUAUAUUGUAAUAAAAGGAAAAUAUUUCCAAUGUCACAGUGCUCUUAUGUAAAUGUCAAACCACGCAGGUACUGCAGAACUCACCCAAAGUGUACAGCCCCCUCCUCAGCCCCCCAGGCCACAGGGGCUGCCGCUCCCAGCUCCCCACACGAGGGUAUUGAGCCAUUGGGAACGAGUCAGUGGUGGCCCCGGGUGCUGGCCAUGGCAGGAUGGUUUGCUUUGUGGGGUUGGUUCUUUUUUCUCUUGAGCUUUCUUGUGACUGAGUAAAGCCCCGAGGGCUGGAAGGGUCGGGGCUGGGGGUUGCUGCAGCGCUGGGUGCUGGCAUCCUGUGGCCCUGGAGAAGGCAUUCGCUUCCCAGGAGGGUGCUGCAGGUCACCCAUGUGCCAGGCUCCUGCUGCUGAGCUCCAGCUUUGGUCAGGGGACUCUUUGGGAGAAACAUAAUUGAGGGAGCUGAUGAGAUGCUGGAGCUGAUGAGAUGCUGGAGCUGAGGACAAACCCAGCUUUGUACGAGCCCUGGGUCUCGUGGGCUCCUGCAUCAGGGCAGUGUGAGGGCGCUGCAGCCAGCUGCUGAGGGAAAGGGGGGUGUUGAUGCCUGGAGCUGCUGCAGGGCCAGGGCACCCAGCAGGGCAGGCAGCACCCUCCCUGGGCAGCCUCCUGGGCUUACUCGGACGCAAGAAAGCCGGGGCUGUGCCGCCACUCCCACCCCUGGACCUGACCCCAGCCCCAGCUCCUGUCCCUGAGCCAGGGGUGUCCCCAGCCAGGGGGUGUCCUGGUGGGCACUGGCCCUGCUGCCAGGACACCCUCCAGCCUCUCGCAGACGUCACCGAGUGCCUUUCAGACGCGGUUCUGGGACUUGUCUCUAAACACGAUGUACAGCCCAGCAAAAGCUGCCAGCGUUUCUUUUUCCAGCACCACGAGCUGCUUUUCCCUCCCUGGGGUUGUAAGUUCUGCUGCUGUUCUGCCUGGUGAAGUUGUUACUGUGCCCAGGAUCCCCGUCUGCCCUUUCUAUUCCUCAGGGGGGGUGGAGGGGGGAUCCCCUGUAAAUAUGUACAGCGGCCACAGGGCCCCAGCCACGCCUCUGCAUUCUCAUCUGCUGACUUGUACAAUGAUCUUUUCAAAGGUACUUGGAUAAAAUGGAAUAAAAACCCA